UUAUGUCCUCCAAGAGUCCAUUCCGAGUUGGAAACGAGUUUUAGUUAUUUUCUAAUAAAUGUAAAAUGUAUUCUACAUUAUAUUAAAUAUAAAUAUUAAAUAUAAAAAUUUUGUAAUGUUUAACAAAUAAACCAUGAGUUCCGAAAAUUAUCGUAGUGCUACGAAGUCCCACGACCCCGGAUGGAACGACCCUCCAAAAUUAUGCUAUAGUCCUGGAACAGCUUCCGGACAAACGUCCAAAACAAACCUGAAUAAACGCAUCGCUUUCCCGGUGAUGGGAGCUUCCAAUCAACCUAGUGCACCAACAAGUGCCUCUCAUCCGCAAGUUAUGUCGCCGAUUACUUCUGGAACAGCAUCGUCGCCUAGCCCAUCUGUAAUUCCUUUGGUGCCCUUGAAAGCUAUCGGGUCACCUCCACAAACAGAACUAGGCGAUAAAUUGAACUCGGACGCAAAUGAAGAAAAAAGCACAAGCAUCCCAACGAAUGAAGAAAUGAAAGGCUUUGUUGAGCAAACUCUGAAAGAGUUGCUGCUGAGAACUGAUACUUCAAGACAAAUAGAGAUACGAAAACGAUUAGAUGUAAUGCUAGAAUCCUGGAACGCUGGGAAGUUAAGCGAAGGGCUGGUGACAAAAUUGUAUCAAUUAGCUCAUGCCCUGAAAGACAGAAAAACUGUAGGAGCAAACGAAAUCCAUCGUUCUAUAAUAGUGGAGCAAGGCAAGGAAUGUGUCCAGUGGGCCCCUGCCUUAAGGCAACUAAUCCAGACAGUUCCAGCGGAUGUGUCGGGCGUUGAACCGAAAGAGUCUAUCAUAAAACCACUAUGAGCAUAACGCGCUGGACCGAUGUAUUAUGUUGGGAGGAACCUAUUCGGCUUCCUGAACGUGGAAUAUGUGUUUGCUUCAUCAUUAUAAAUAUAUUGUUGAUUGAGACUUAACGAUUGAAACAAUUAUAGCAAGGUUUGAUUGAAAAA